UGCGGAGACAUGCGGAGACGCCAGUUUAGCGCAUAGAGCUAUCCCCUCGCAUGAGCGCUUGGGAUGAUGACGAGGACGAGGCUCUCAUCGCCCCGCGCCCGCGCGCGAGCGUGCAAAGCACGCGGAUCGAGCUGCUGCGCGGCAUCGUUGUGCAGCUGUACUACUCACAGAUCACAGCGGUGUUGUACCUUGCCACCAUGGUGCUGGCGGCCCUGCUGCUGUGCAUCACCCUAGGCUCGGACUCGCCUUUGCGCGAGGCGAAGGCCCUCCUCUUCCUGGAGGCCUUUGUGACGGUUUCCUUGGUGGUCGAGGUGGUUCUCCGAGCCAUCGUGCAAGGCAAGGCGUACCUGAAAUCCUGGUCCAACGCCAUUGACACUUGCGUGGCGGUGAUCAGCAGCGGCCUCUUCUUCGUUGCUGCACCUUCCGCAGCAGGGGAGGCGCAGAAGGAGGAUGUAGAGCUUUCGCAGUCUUUGGUCAUGGCUCGCAUCAUCUUCCAGUUCUGCCGCGUCCUGGUCAUUGCCUCGCACGCCCGGCGGGCGAGCGAGGCGGAGGGCGGCAAGGUGUCCUUCGAUGUGCAGAUGUUGGAAGAGCUUGAGGACUUCGACUUCAGCCAGCUGAAGCAGGAGAUUCAGGAUCGCCACCGCAAGGACGACUUCGGCCUGUGAGCCGUUUCGUUCCUCAUGUGCGUGCUCGCGCACUGUGCCCGCCGC